CGUACCGCUGUCUGUCCGCUCUUCAGCAGCCGGUCGGGGGCGGUGAAAAGCGAGUGAGGAGAGUGCGACGGCGGCGUAGCCAUCGCUGAGGGGAGAGCGAGGCCUGAGCUUCCGCGUCGAGAUUUGGUGACUGAGGAAGGGACCCAGAGACUCCUUGAACAACGAAGGCAAGUCAAAAUGGUUUCAAUCCCAGAAUACUAUGAAGGCAAGAAUAUCCUCCUCACUGGAGCUACUGGUUUCUUAGGGAAGGUGCUUUUGGAAAAGUUGCUGAGAUCUUGUCCUAAGGUGAAUUCAGUCUAUGUUUUGGUGAGGCAGAAAGCUGGACAAACACCGCAAGAGCGCGUGGAAGAAAUUCUUAGUGGCAAGCUUUUUGACAGGUUGAGAGAUGAAAAUCCAGAUUUUAGAGAGAAAAUUAUAGCAAUCAACAGUGAACUCACCCAACCCAAACUCGCUCUCAGUGAAGAAGAUAAGGAGCUCAUUAUAGAUUCUACCAAUAUCAUAUUCCACUGUGCAGCUACUGUAAGAUUUAAUGAAAAUUUAAGAGAUGCUGUUCAGUUAAAUGUGAUUGCUACGCGACAGCUUAUUCUCCUUGCACAGCAAAUGAAGAAUCUGGAAGUGUUCAUGCAUGUGUCAACAGCAUAUGCCUACUGCAAUCGAAAGCAUAUUGAUGAAGUAGUUUACCCUCCCCCUGUAGAUCCCAAGAAGCUGAUCGAUUCUUUAGAAUGGAUGGAUGAUGGCCUAGUAAAUGAUAUCACACCAAAAUUGAUAGGUGACAGACCUAAUACCUACAUAUAUACCAAGGCAUUGGCAGAAUAUGUUGUUCAACAAGAAGGAGCAAAGCUAAAUGUUGCCAUUGUAAGGCCAUCGAUUGUUGGUGCCAGUUGGAAAGAACCUUUUCCAGGAUGGAUUGAUAACUUUAAUGGACCAAGUGGUCUCUUCAUUGCGGCAGGGAAAGGAAUUCUUCGAACAAUGCGUGCCUCCAACAAUGCCCUUGCAGAUCUUGUUCCUGUAGAUGUAGUUGUCAACACAAGCCUUGCUGCAGCCUGGUAUUCCGGAGUUAAUAGACCAAGAAACAUCAUGGUGUAUAAUUGCACAACAGGCAGCACUAAUCCUUUCCACUGGGGGGAAGUUGGAGAUUAUAUAAAUCAUUACUUCAAGAUGAAUCCUUUAAACCAAGUAUUCAGGCACCCUUAUGUUAAGUUCUAUUCCAACAACCUAAUGCUCCAUUAUUGGAAGGGUGUCAAACAUACAGUACCUGCAUUAUUGCUCGAUCUUGCACUCAGGUUGACAGGUCAGAAACCGUGGAUGAUGAAAACAAUCACUCGUCUUCAUAAAGCCAUGGUAUUUCUUGAGUAUUUCACAAGUAACUCUUGGGUUUGGAAUACUGAUAAUGUCAAUAUGUUAAUGAACCAACUAAAUCCUGAAGAUAAAAAGACCUUUAAUAUUGAUGUACGGCAGUUACAUUGGGCAGAAUAUAUAGAGAACUACUGCAUGGGGACUAAAAAAUAUGUAUUGAAUGAAGAGAUGUCUGGCCUCCCUGCAGCUAGAAAGCAUCUGAACAAAUUGCGGAAUAUCCGUUAUGGUUUCAAUACCAUCCUUGUGAUUCUUAUCUGGCGCAUUUUUAUUGCAAGAUCACAAAUGGCAAGAAACAUCUGGUACUUUGUGGUUAGUCUGUGUUACAAAUUUCUGUCAUACUUCCGGGCAUCCAGCACUAUGAGAUACUGAAGACCAAGAAUUUAGCAUUAGAACAUCUAUGCAUAUGGUGAUCUAAAUGCACAAAAUAUAAAAUGUACCUAAGUCAUCUCACCUUUUGUUAAGACAUUAAACCAUCUUAAGUUGGAGUGUGAAGUAAAUUAUGGUCCAUUUUAUGUAAUAUUUUAAUGUCUAUGCUUAAAAUCAAGUGAACACACUGUGGUAUGCCAGCUCAGAUCUGUAAUACCCACUCAAACUAUGACUUAACAUUUUGAUCCUUGCAAUGCAGAGGGUAGGAAGAGGGCAGAAGUGGGGCUAUGGGAACACUGACCAGUAUAACUGUGCAGUUCUGGAACAUAAUAAUUAAAACAUGCCUUAACAUGCAGUCCUACUAUUCAGUGCAAUGGGAAGUGUGCAGACAGGAGCACUAGCUAAAUUAGUUAAAGUAUUUGAUUUGAUUCUUCAAUGUUGGAUUUCUUUUUUUUUUUUAAUCAGAUGAAAGGUGGGUUUUAGUUUUGUUAAGACCAUAGCCAUUUUUGCUUCCUGUAAGUUAUAGGUGGUAUCAAAUUUAAAGACAUUUUCUAAUUUUCUUUCUGAUUCAAUGUGUAUAACCUAUCAUUUUUUCCUGCAAGUGAUCAGUUGCUUUUAUGAUCAGUAGGCCAAAUAUUAUUCUAAAGACAGUAAUAGAUCUAAAUGAAUUUGAGAAAUUGUAUCAGUAUAUGCUCUGUGCAUUUGAAGCAAAGUGAAAACAUACACAGUAAAGCUGCAUUAGUAUUAAAAGAAUAGGAAAACAUUUUCUAGUCUACAUUUUGAUCAAAUGGAACUCUGGUGAGAUGUGUUUUCAUUUUGAUAAGGAUUUCUUCAAACUUGAUUGGAGGUGGGAUUGGAGAAGGAUUCAUCAUAUGUGUUCUUUCCUCCCUUAUAAAUUUUCUCACGGGAGUUACCCUGUCUGAACAUGCAUCAUUAUGAAGGAAUGUAGUUGCAGCUUUUAACAUUAAGAAAAUGUCCUCAUGUGUUUGCCAACACAUACUAACUUUUGACCUGGAAAGCUGAAUUCCUUAAAAAUAAAUGAUGCUUAAGUAUGUGUAUAAAAUUAAAUAAAAGAUUUUACCAUGUAAGUAGCAAACUUUUGAAUGAGUAUCAAGUCAUCAUUUCUUUGCAUGUUGUUUUAGCUUUAGAAAGACAUGCGUUAUAGAAACAAAUAAUAGCAAGAAAGUUGAUGUGUAUUUAUUGAUACAUUACAGUUCCCUUUAAAUCUUACUAGUUUGUUACUAUUUUAUCAUAUAUUUUCUUUAAUGGCUUGUUCAGCACAACACUGCUAUAAUUAAGCUGAUCAAGUUGUUCUACAGUUAAAUCAUUAGCAAUGUAUCUUGAAAGUACUCAAAGGGGUCAGUUCACACUGUACAAGAAAUUAAAUGUAACUUUACAUUUUAAUUUUUUGUCAAUUGAAAUACAAUAUAGAAGAAGUUUAUUUUGCUAUUGUGGAAAAACAAAAUGUAAAGGAAACCAACUUUUUCCAUGCAGGUGUAUAGUCUUGAAAAAGAAAAAAAAAAUGCUUCUGUAUUGAAGCCAGACUUGGUGUAGUAAAACUUUUAAACAUAAUUUUAAAAGAAGUAUAUAUGUAAAUAUCUGUGUAUUCUUUGGAAUGAUACUGAAGUCUCUGGUCUAGGACCAUGCCUUGUAUAAGGUAUGAGAGACCAUGAUAGUGUGUGAAAAUAGAAUAAAAUGAUGCCUUUGAUUUAAGGUGGCCCGUAUAAUAUACAUUGAGUACUCCAUGUCUUCAAAUACAUUUCCAUGAUGUAAUGAAAACACACUAACCUUUAUAUAAUUUUUUUUUAUACAUCUGCCAAAUAUACCUAGAAUCUGGUGAAUUGUCUUUGGGUCUCAGAAAAGAAUCAGGUGCAAUGUAUGCAGGUCUGUAAAGUGAAUUGGACAUGUGUCUUUUUGUUUUAUUGCUCUUGUACUCUAAUUUAAAGAAAUGUUAACUAGUGCUAACUAGGGUCAUGCUGAGGUUAUAAAUUAAUUUUGUGUGUUUAGAAUUCUGUUGUCAAAAGAAAGAUAAUGAAUAAAUGAUAUUCAUCCUGGAAUUUACAAUUUUGAAAUUAGUAUGGAGAGUAAAAUUUGAGAUUGUCAGUCCUCAUUAAAUAAGCUUUGGAUUCAAGUCAUAUUUGAAGAGUUUGGAAACAUACUCUGUAAUUUUCUAGACAGUAUUUUUAGUUCUGAUUAUAUUUUCCAUAUAGAUUUUAUUCAAUAGGACAACCUGUAAAAUAAAUUAAUUUAAUUCAACUCAUUUGACAAAACUGUAUUCUAAACCAUUUGGGCUUUUUCCUUUAUCUUUCCUUCUCUGAACUCUGGCAUACAUAUCUGUACACUGUAAUGUCAUUGUAACCAUUUAAUUGCCUUGGCAACGCUAAUGUAUUUUAAAGCUUCGUGCAGAUAAGCAUGAUCAGGUUGUAUGUUGUUUGACUUAAGGGUGACAUAGAAUAAGCGUUCCUCCAGUCUGCCAUAUGGAACUUGGAAUUGGGAGGGGGCUUUCCCUUCUCCCCUUUGUGCUUGUCUGUAGGAACUGAUUGGGAAAUUUUGUUUUGUGUUUUGUUUAUUUUUAAGUGUAAACUUAUAAUCUUUUAUAAGUAAAUAGAAGCAUUGGGUGCCUUUGUUUGUAAACCAAAAAGUAAUAAAUGAAUCCCUAUAUUUCUA